UUUAGAGCAAAGCCCACUAGGAACCAAUCCCAAGACCGAUGGACCGAAAUCCAAACUUCACACAGAAUGCGCAAGUUAGCACCUUCCAAAACUUCUUCUUCCCAACCCACACUCUCUCUCUCUGUAACUGAGGUGCAGCAAAGAUGCAAGCCAUUUCGAGGCGUAUAGUGCAGCAGCAAUCUCUGAAGUCAUCGUCGGCUUCAAUCUCAUCCCUCAAGUCCCUCUACUCCAUCUCCAGCUCCGAUCACCGUUAUGGAGCUGAUCAUCCACGGUACGGAUCUACUUUGGCCACCAAAGGCGUCGGCCACCUCGUUCGCAAAGGCACUGGUGGAAGAUCCUCCGUUAGCGGUAUAGUUGCUACAGUGUUUGGAGCUACAGGGUUCCUUGGUCGUUAUGUGGUUCAACAGCUAGCUAAAAUAGGAACUCAAGUGUUAGUUCCUUUCCGAGGUUCUGAGGAUAAUCCUCGCCAUCUCAAGUUGAUGGGAGAUUUGGGACAGAUCGUACCAAUGAAAUACGACCCAAGAGAUGAAAACUCGAUUAAGGCUGUUAUGGCGAAGGCUAACGUUGUUCUCAAUCUGAUUGGAAGGGAGUAUGAGACAAGGAACUAUAGCUUUGAGGAAGUGAACUUUUCCAUGGCUGAACAACUUGCAAUGAUUGCCAAAGAACAUGGUGGUAUCGCAAGAUUCAUUCAAGUUUCUUGUUUGGGGGCAUCUCCAUCAUCUCCGUCCAGACUGCUAAGGGCUAAAGCUGCUGCAGAGGAAGCUGUUUUGAGAGAGAUACCUGAAGCCACAAUUAUGAGACCUGCUGUAAUGGUUGGAACAGAGGAUAGGAUUAUGAAUACUUGGGCACGUUCUGCAAAAAACUAUGGCUUCCUUCCACUCAUUGGUGGUGGAUCUACCAAAAUCCAACCAGUAUAUGUUAUUGAUGUUGCUGGUGCAAUUGUUGCGGCCUUGAAAGAUGAUGGCACCAGCAUGGGAAAAAUUUAUGAACUUGGUGGGCCAGAUAUCUAUACCAUACAUGAAUUGGCAGAAAUUAUGUAUGAUGUGAUCCGGGAAUGGCCUCGCUAUGUCAAAGUUCCUUUCCCUAUUGCAAAGGCUAUUGCAAUGCCACGAGAAUUUUUACUUAAUAAAGUUCCCUUUCCAUUACCCGUUCCCUUCAUGUUCAACCUUGAUCAGAUCCUUGCAUUAACUAAAGACACAGUCGUUUCAGAGAAUGCUUUGACUUUCAGUGAUCUUGGGCUUGUGCCUCAUAAGCUGAAAGGAUACCCUAUUGAGUUUCUUAUCGCAUUUCGUAAGGGUGGUCCCCAAUUUGGUUCUACUGUAAGUGAAAAAGUCUCUACUGAUGAUUAUGCUUGAGGUUCUGUGGAUUUUUUGGUCCCAAAUGUUUUUUAGUUCACCCAGUUGAAGACUUUGAAACAGGCGUGUAAGGCCUCCAUUUCUUUUAGCAAAUGGUAAAAAGAUUUUUGAGCGCAUGACUGUUGUAUCUUUUUCAUUCAUAUGUAGAAUUCACAAUGAUGUUCAAUAACAAUGAUUAAUAAAAGCUGGGAUACUUGUUCA